AUGUUUAUGUUUGGUACAAACCCGAUAUGGCGCUCAAUCAUCAGAGAUGUGGCUCGGAUGGCUAUGAUACAGGUUCUAAUACAAUGUAUACUAUCGGCCCCUAAUUCAAACAGGCACGGCGGCGCGCAUGAGAAUGGCUCAGCAAGGAAGAGGGCACCUGCGCAGAAGAGGGCGUUACGAGGAAGCCCUCAGGGCAUCGAAGUGGGCGAGGAAAAGGGCGGCGACGACGGGACUGGAGCAGAAGAGGGCGAUGGCGUCGACAACGACAAUGGCGAGGAGGGCAUGGGCGAGGAGGAGGAGGCAGACACGGCGAUGGAAGAACUGGCCGAUAUCGCAGGGAUGAUGGAAAUUUGA